GCUGCUAUUUCUUCUCACCAGAUUCCUUUUCUUUACUGUUACUCUAUAGAUAUUAGUUCCAUAUUAGUAAGGAAUUUGUAUCUACUAUUACAGACUGCAGAGAGUCUUCCCUUCCCUCCCCAACUUCCCCAAAACUGCGAAACCGUAAAUACAGGUGCAGAUUCAGCUUUUGUUCAAUCUUCAGGAUUCUGGCUGCCAAAGAGGAAGGAGUAUAUACUUGCUACAAUAAGCAAAGUAGUUUGGUCUAUAAGUUGUAUGAAUUGAAUAUGGGAUCAGAUGAAGGAGUACCGUUUUGGAGGCCGAGGGCGCCCCCGUCAGCGGCUGCUGUUUUUGUGGUUGUUGUUAUUGUAUGCUCGUCGGUUACAAAUCCGGUAGCAAGAGCCCAGAAGAAUCAAACGCAGACUAAUGCCACAAGGCCCACAGCUGAUCCUUUUGAAGCAAUGGCCGUGAAUUCCAUCUUUCAGAAAUUGGGGGCUCGAGCAACCCCUAAUUGGAAUAUUAGCGGCGAAUUAUGCAGUGGAGUGGCCAUCGGCAACACAGACAUCCAAACCUUCAACCCUGGCAUCAAAUGCGAUUGCUCUUACAACAAGGGUACUCUAUGCCACAUCACUAGAUUGAGGAUUUAUGCAUUGGAUGUCGUCGGAGACCUCCCAGAUGAGCUCUGGAAUUUGACUUUCCUUAUGGAUUUAAAUUUGGGACAAAAUUACCUUACAGGUCCGCUACCUCCAUCCAUUGGCAGGCUGACUAGGAUGCAAUACCUGACUGUCGGCAUAAAUGCAUUAUCUGGAGAGCUUCCUAAAGAACUUGGGAUGCUAACGGACUUAAGAUCAUUGUCAUUUAGCACAAACAACUUCUCUGGUUCUUUCCCAAAUGAACUUGGGAAUUUAACGAGGCUGACACAACUUUAUUUUGAUAGCUCUGGAGUUAGCGGUGCUAUACCUCCAACAUUCGCAAAAUUGCAAAGCCUUGUUACAGUAUGGGGUUCGGAUGGUCGACUAACUGGCCAGAUACCUGACUUCAUAGGAAAUUGGUCACAGCUUACUACCCUAAGGUUCCAAGGAAAUGCUUUUCACGGUAGAAUUCCAUUGUCAUUUUCCAAGUUGACAUCCUUAACGGACUUGAGGAUAAGUGAUCUCUCUAAUGCAAGCUCCUCUUUGGACUUUAUCAGGGAUAUGAAGUCUUUAAGCACCUUAAUUUUGCGAAACAACAAUAUUUCGGGUUCUAUUCCUCCCAACAUUGGAGAAUAUCCGAGAUUACAAAGGCUGGAUUUGAGCUUCAACAAUCUGAGUGGACGUAUUCCAGACUCACUUCUCAAUCUUAGUUCUCUCACUCAUUUAUUUCUUGGUAAUAACAAAUUUACUGGCUCCCUGCCUUCACAAAAGAGUGAGGUUCUCCAGAAUAUAGACCUUUCAUACAAUGAAUUAUCUGGGGGCUUCCCUUCUUGGGUCAGUGGUCAAAACUUACAACUUAAUUUGGUGGCCAACAACUUCACAUUAUCAGAUUCAAACAGCAGUAGUCUGCCAUCAGGAUUGAACUGUCUUCAACGGAAUUUCCCAUGCAACCGAGGAGUUCCAAUCUAUUACAACUUCUCAAUCAGGUGUGGAGGUCCAUCAAUAAGGUCUGCUAAUGGGAUUUUGUACGAGGCAGAUAAUGCAACUUUUGGUCCAGCAACUUACUAUACAACGAAUACACAGAGAUGGGCAGUCAGUAAUACUGGUCUGCCCGCUGAUGCCAGCAAUCCAGAUUACAGAUCCUCCUCUUCAAGUCAGUUCACAAAUACUUUGGAUUCAGAGCUUUUCCAGACUGCACGUAUGUCAGCCGGAUCGCUGAGAUACUAUGGCUUGGGCCUGGAGAAUGGUAACUACACAGUGAAACUCCAGUUUGCAGAGUCACAAAUUCUAGAUACUAAAAGUUGGAUGAGUCUUGGAAGGCGUCAUUUUGAUAUAUAUGUCCAGGGGAAUCGAGUGUGGAAAGAUUUUGACAUAAAAAAAGAGGCUGGAGGACGUUCUUUCACUGCCGUUCAAAGGGAAUUCACAGCUUAUGUGUCUGAAAACUAUCUUGAAGUCCAUCUAUUUUGGGCCGGAAAGGGGACUUGUUGUGUUCCUACUCAAGGUUCAUAUGGACCUUUCAUCUCUGCAAUCAGUGCAAUCCCAGAUUUCAAUCCCACCGUUAGUAAUAAUGCUCCCACUAGAAAGAAGAAAAGCACUGGAAGCACUGGUCUGAUUGUGGGGAUCGUAGUUCCCAUAGGAAUUGCAAGCUUUUUGUCAGUUUUUGCUGUGUACUUUUUCGUUCAGAGAAGAAGAAGGCACCAGGCUUUUGAGGAAGAAGAGUUCUUGGGGAUGGAAGCCAGGCCAUACACCUUCAGUUAUGCAGAGCUAAGAGCUGCGACAAAUGACUUCCAUCCUAGUAACAAACUUGGAGAGGGAGGAUUUGGUCCUGUCUUCAAGGGAACACUUGAAGAUGGCAGAGUUGUUGCUGUUAAACAACUCUCUGUGGCAUCCCACCAAGGAAAGAGUCAAUUUGUGGCAGAGAUUGCUACCAUAUCUGCAGUGCAGCAUCGUAACCUUGUGAAAUUAUAUGGCUGUUGCAUUGAGGGAAAUAAAAGACUGCUCGUUUAUGAGUAUCUUGAGAACAAGAGUCUUGAUCAAGCAUUAUUUGGAACUAAUAAUCUACACCUUGACUGGCCUACCCGAUUUGACAUAUGCCUUGGAGUGGCAAGGGGUCUAGCCUACCUUCACGAAGAAUCUCGACUUCGAAUAGUGCACAGAGACGUAAAGGCCAGUAAUAUUCUACUUGAUUCUGAUCUAAACCCCAAGAUUUCAGACUUUGGCUUGGCUAAACUUUAUGAUGACACAAAGACACAUAUAAGCACGCGUGUAGCGGGCACAAUAGGCUAUCUGGCACCAGAAUAUGCCAUGCGUGGACACCUCACAGAGAAGGCUGACGUGUUUGGAUUCGGAGUUGUUGCUUUGGAGAUUGUCAGUGGAAGGCCAAACUCUGACUCGAAUUUGGAGGAAAAUAAGAUAUAUCUUCUAGAAUGGGCCUGGAACUUACAUGAAAAUGACUCUGAAAUCGAGUUGGUUGACAGUAAAUUAGUUGAAUGUGAUGAGAAUGAAGUUAAAAGAGUGAUAGGUGUGGCUCUCUUGUGCAUACAAGCAUCUCCAGCUUUACGGCCUUCUAUGUCACGUGUGGUGGCAAUGCUUUCUGGGGAUACUGAGGUAACCACAGUCACUACGCGGCCUGGAUACUUGACUGAUUGGAAGUUUAGGGAUUCAACAAGCUUCAUCAGCAGCAAUGAAAAAACAUCAGGAUCUAAUAGCCGCAGCUUGGGAGCUGAGCAAAUUUAUUCCCCUGGAAAUGCUGAAGAACCCAUGAUUUCUGAUAUCCUUGGUGAUGGCAGAUGAGAAAUGACAUAUGUAUUUGUUGUAUGUAUAGAGAGAGAGAGGCAGAAAGAGUUUACACUUGCUAGCACCAUUCAUUAAAUCAACAUUUCCAAAAUGAAUGGACUGUUCUGUGUUUUUCAUAACAUAUGAUUGCAUUUCGGGUUGGUUUUCCUAGUUUGGAUGGGCUUUUCCGGGGACCUUGAUACUUUCCUUUAGAGAUCUUCGUUGUGCAUCGUGAUGCCAAGUAAAUAACUAAGAUAUACCAGUUCCGGUGGUACAUUUAUUAUUGAAAGGAGCAAUAGAUACAGAAAUUCAUUCUAGCGUGUGAUAAAA